AUGGCAUCGCCGUCGCCGUCGCCGUCGCCGCGCUCGCACCGCGAGACGGUCGUGGUGAGCGCCGAGGAGCUGCUGCACCCGCUGGAGGAGCGCGUCUUCCAGCUGUCGCAGGAGCUCACGCAGACGGACCCGCAGGUGCCCGCGCUCUCGGACGACGAGGUCAUCACCAAGCUCAACAUGAUCGCUGAGACGCUGGAGGAGGUCGAGACCAACUUCCGCAAGGAGAGAUCGUCCCCGUAUCGCCGCGACGGCCACCUCAUUGGGAACCUGCUGCAAGUGCUGGAGCAGAAUGAGGACUUCUACCCAAUGCUGGAGGGGAAGCUGUCGGAUCUGAGUGUGAACCGCGUCAAGGCUGCGACGUGUCGGUUGCUACUGGCCACGGUGCCGGUCAAUAGCCGAGCGAUCGUGCGCAUGCUGGACGACGAUGAGGAGAUGUUGGAGCGAGUGUGUGGCUUUGCUACAGAUAGCGAUCCAGGACUGCGGUGCUAUGCGACGGGGUUGCUGUCUGUGGGGUUGAGAGACCGCUCGGUUGCGGACACGGUGGUGAAUAAUGACACGCCGGUUAAAUUGUUGAAGAGGGCCAGGAUGUACGCGUCCAAGUUGGAGAAGGAGCGGCAGCAAGCGGUCAAGUAUAUCCAGGACCACUUGCGUCUGGCUUCGUCUCGUCAUAAGAAAACUACAGGUGGUGGAGGCAACACGUCGACAAAAGCAACAACACCGCAGAGAUCGCUGAAGAGGAAGCACUCGGAUAUUGGCAGUCGGGCACCAGCACAUGGCAACGAGCAUGGCGAAGGUACGGAUGCUACAGCAAGCAUGGAUGCGGAAGAAGAGGAGGAGCCGGCGGUGGCCGUUCCGAUACAGCAGUCAUUGCCAAUUUCCGGUGGCGAUGAAGACGUGUUGGGUGGAUUUGAAGACGGGUCGGUCGUGAUGCCGCGUCCUGAGCAUCAUGAAGAGGACUUCAAGCGUCUGGUAAUGCUCGAGUUGCUGUACACUCUGGAUUGUCUGGGAUCGAUGGGAGAAUAUCUGGAAAUUUUUGCACCAGCACUGAAAGAAGACAUCGUUGGGACCGUCAUCACGUUCUUGCAUAGCAAGAAUCCAGCAGUGAUAUCGCACACGAUGACGCUAACGUCGCAUUUCCUCGCGCACAAGAAGUUUUCGUUUUCGCUUGUUGAGUCGGGGGGAGUAGACCUACUGUUCACGGUAUUCAAGUUACAGCAAGCAGCUGGCCAAGUCGGUUUGCUGGAUCGCAGCCUUUCAAUGUGCCUUCACGGAUUUGCAUCUUCGUCUGCAGUUAUUGAGCGCCUGGUUGUGAUGAGUCCGGAAAACAUGCUGUCAGCCGCGUUUACUCUGCUUUCCAGCCCGAAUGACCGUGCAAGACAGAACGCUGUGGUGUUUUUCAGCUUGACGCUGGGGUUCAAGGCGAUUCUGGACUACUUCGAGAAGCACAAUGGACUGUACACUAUCCUGAAUAUCAUCCGAGUGGGCAAUCACCCGAAAUCAGUGGCACAAAGACAACUUGCUCAAGAUGCCUGCUUGUGCUUGCGUCAGUACGUGCGUAUGCAUAUGGCUAUGGUGACGCAUCGGCUCCGGAGAAAGCUUGCACAACUGAACCAUCCGUCAAAUCGGCAGUCAAACACAGCGCCAGUAUUAACGGCGGCAACCGCGGCGUCUCGAAUCCCAGCUCGGGUCCCGAAAAUUAACUGGUCUAAGGCAAUCGACCUCGACGACAAGACUCACGAGCAAAAUAUGGUGUUUUACGAGAAAUAUCGCUUCAGUGCAAGCAGUGGCAACUCCAACAAUUCAUGGUCUGCUGCAACCGGUCCAGGCAAUGGGAUGUGGCCUCCCGCCGCAAAACUCAGUCAUUUGCGUGGCAUCCUAGUGCUUUUGGAGGUUGUGGCUAUGAUGUGCUCAGUAAUGCAAAAUACUGAUCCGGAUGCUAACUCCUCGACUAUACGGAUAUGGACCGGAGAACGCGCACAAUUUUGCUUGGACUCUCUUCGCGUUCUGACGCUCGUGGUUCCCACUUUGGCUAGUGAGGUAUGCUCGACAGAAGUAUCCUUAGACGAGGGUAGCACUUCCAAGCAGCUUGGGAUGGCGAUUCUGCUGGAAAUUGCAAUGAGCAGCAAUCCAAGAGACUCGGAGUUGGUUCGGGAUGCGCUGCGAGUAUUCUGCAAUUGUGUGUCUCCACCUCACCACGAAGACUGUUGGCAACACCCUUACAAAGACAUCCGGCAGUACACAUUGACUGCUAGAAGCAUGAGAACGAAGAAAGAUGACCAGGCGCAACGCUCAAGCUCGGAGACAACAGACCAAGGACCGAACGCGGCUACGCCCGAUAACUGUUCGAACUGCUGUUCUAAAGCUAAAGAUGACAAAAUGUUGCGGCCUGUGCGAAAAUUGGCGAGGGAGAGAAAUGCGAUCAAGGUGUGUGUCUAUCUACUUCGGUACAAGCGGUCGGUGCAGAAUGCAGAUGCAAUUCGACUUCUGGCGACGCGUGCGCUGCUGGGGUUAUCUCGCGACCGGCACAUUUCCCAAAUUCUUGAGAAGAUGCAGGUCGGGCAACUACUGUCCGAUAUGAUUCGUAGUGAUCCAGUUUUGGAGGAAAACGCUGACAUUCACGUGCGCUUUCGGGAAUCUGCCUUGGAUUUGAUUUCUCACGUGACGCAUCGAGCGUCCAACGUCGUGAUCAACGAGGCAACGGACCCUACUGUGAGGAAAAUUGAAAAGGCAAGCAUCGUUGCAAGUACCAAGAUUACUUACGACGAGAAUGAGUUACUGCGUCUAAUUCACGACCAUCUCGUCACGAAAGGACUGCAUCACGCUGCAUCUGCUCUUGUUGACGAGGCCAAGAUUCACGUUGAGAAGCAAAGGAAAGUGUCUUCGGCUGGCGAUUGCCGAACUGAACCAAGCCUGGUUAAUGGUGGAACAGCUUCUUCAGAUCAGACGAGCUUUACACCACACAAGAAGCAAAUAGUUGCUAAUCAAGACGUGCCCCUUAGCGUUGCAAGUCGACGCGAAAGUGGGUAUCUAAGCGGGGAUGACACACCGCGCCCGAAAAAACUGCAGCGAGUUUCAUCGUUGGGUUCGAUUGUGCCAGAGCUGAAGAAAGUUCAGGUUGCAGAAUCUGCUCAGGGUUCUCGUCUAUCAGUGAAAAUAUCCCGACCGGUAGAUGGAAAAGUUAACGCCGCCACUCCAGCUACUCCUUAUUGCCAAUCGAGGAAACGAAUGCGUCAGGCUUUCUCCAGGCCACAUCUUUUUCAAGAUACUUCGUGCAAGCAGUCAGUAACUUCCCCAAGGCUCGUCUCGGGGACAUCAUGCUCUGACGCUCUUCAAAAACUCCCAAUUAAUACGCGAUGGAGUGCAAAUGGCGAAGCUACAGCGGUGACCGCAUCGAGCAAGUUGGACGAUAUCAUAAGGCAUUACUUGCGAGAACAACACCGCCAGUGCGCCAACCCUGUUACAACAGUGCCGCCGUUUAAACUGCUGGGUAAAGGUUCGUUGCAUCGGUGUCCGGAUCCUCCAGCAAAUAUGUCGUCGAACUUGAGCAUCUGUUCGCGGUUAUUGCGUCGAAGUCGAACGGGGUAUCGUGCUGGUCCACAUGCCUUUUCAACGUACUACGCUGAUGCCGGAAUUGACCGCUACGUGUUUAGUCGAUACCGGCCAUAUCGCACUGUAGGUGCUCACGUUGGAUCGUUCGCCUGGGGUGGGGUGAGUGUCGCUCGGUUCUUCGGAAAAGAUCAGCAAGACAUGCUGAUUGCCAACCAUGACGGAGAAUUACGUCAAUUCAAUAUCGGGUCUGACGAAGUCGUUGAAGAAUGGACGUGUCACCCGCCGUCAAGCGCAAUCGUCGACUUGGAAACGAAUGAGUCGACGUCCAUUGGCGCCCAAAGUCGCCUAAUUCUAACAGGGGCAGUCGCUCUCUCAGAGCUUGCCGUGAAUGAAAUUGGACUGUGGGAAGCAAACGACAUGAGUGCGCUAGUGGAGCGUUGGCGAUUUAAAGGCGGGCUUCGACCUCAAUUUAACCAUUACGGAGAUCGGAUCGUUGCACUCGACGCUCGCCCUGUGGACGAAGAGGAUGAGUUAGAUAACCUCGGUAUCACUGUCAAAGGUGCUGUUGUGCUCGAUAUCGCUACUGGAGACGUUCUGUGCGACCUGAAAGAUGCAACGCGCUCCAAUGACUACGGAGCAGAAACUAAUUGUUGCUUCUCGCCUUGUGACGGGACUAUUCUCACGGAUGGAAUGCUUUGGGAUGCCCGUAUCCCUACUCGCGCGUUGUACAAGUUUGACAAGUUAUCCAAUGUCGGUUGUGGCUUUUUCCACCCUAACGGAAACGAGGUGAUCGUCAACUCAGCAGUAUGGGACCUCCGUACAUAUCGUCUAUUGCGCAUGGUACCGGCGUUGGACAAGUGCACCAUUAAGUUCAAUCCUUCCGGUAGUGUCUUGUUUGCAUACUAUCCGUACGCUGGGGGCGAUUAUCUGGAGCGCCGAAAAAGCAAGCUCAAGUCGUGGUUUCGAGUUUUGGACUCGCGAGACUACAAAGAUAUCACGACGAUCGAUCUGGGUCGACCUGUGUUUGAUAUUAGUUUAAACACCAAUGGCACGCUGCUAUCUGUUGUUGAAGGGCGCUACCUGGAGGCUGGUGACGUCGACGAUGAUGAUUCGAUUUGCCGUCUGUACGACGUCGGCAGAAAACGCCCAGCGGAGGACGACUCGGAUGCAGAGGACGUUCAUGGCCAAUACUCAAGCGACGAAGACGACGCUGAAGAAGACGAUUAG